AUGCCACGGCUAAUUGAUCUUUCAACCAACGAUAAGGACUUUUUCCAAUCUUUGCUCCAUGAUGCAGGAACUCGUUAUGAUGGCAGACAGUUUGAUCAAAUGCGUGAUGUAGACAUCUCCUUUGGCGAUUCUUACGGGCAUGUCAACCUCACACUUGGGAAAACAAAACUUGUUGUGCGCAUCUCAGCAGAAGUCAGUAAACCCUAUGAGGAUCGUCCACAUGAAGGAAUCUUCAUCAUCACUACAGACAUCAGUGCCAUGGCAUCACCGCAGUUUGAAAACAUGCGACAGUCCGAGGACGAGGUUUUACUGACGCGGCUCAUUGAAAAGGCUAUCCGUCGUUCAAACGCGCUCGAUGUAGAAUCCCUUGUCAUUUCCGCGGGCUCCGCGUGCUGGAUCAUUAGAGCCGACGUCCAUUAUCUCAACUUUGAUGGUGGACUUGUUGACGCCACUUGUCUCGGUGUCAUUGCCGGUCUUCUUCACUUCCGUCGCCCUGAUACCUCGGUCGAAGGCAAUUCCUACGUCGUGCACUCGCUGGAAGAGCGCAACCCCAUCCCGUUAUCAAUCCUUCACAUCCCCAUCUCUGUUACAUUUUCCUUCUUCAAACCACCAGUCAAGACCACUGCCAAUACUACUACCACCAUAAAGAAAGAUUCCCCAGAUGAUUAUGACCAGGAUAUGGAAGACGCAGCCCCAAAUUCUAUUGCCAAAUCAGACGUAAUUCUCGUCGAUACCACUGCAAAGGAAGAAUCUCUCAGAGAUAGCUACAUGACCAUCACAAUCAAUAAAAAUAGAGAACUCUGUCAAGUCUCAAAGUCUGGAGGUACCGAGGUCGACGGUUAUGUCAUUAUGAAUUGUGCCUCUACUGCUUACAAUAUUGCAACAAAACUUACAGACCUGAUACAGACAAAGCUCAAGCAAGAUGAACUUAAGCGGACAACUCCCGCCUUGGUCUCAGAACUUCAAGCUGAAAACGAUAGAUGA